CAUUGAAUCAUCAACUAUUGCACAUUGCUGAUAGAUUAUUGCAAUGACGCUCACAAUCCACCACCUGCACGUCUCAGCCUCCGAGCGCGCCCUCUGGCUCUGCGAGGAACUCGGCAUCCCCUACGAGCUCAAGACCUACGACCGCCAGCCCCUCCUCGCACCCCCUGAACUGAAAGCAUUACACCCGCAGGGCUCCGCGCCCACGAUCCAAGACGGAGAUCUAACGCUCGCCGAAACAGGCGCAUGCAUUGAAUACAUUGCGCACAAGCACGGGAAUGGCCGUCUCUUCCUGCCGCCCUCGCAUCCGAACUAUGCCGAUUUUCUAUACUGGUUCCACUGGUCGAACGGGACGCUUAUGGGGAAUGUCGGGCGCGUCAUGAUGGCGAAGUUUGCAAAGCUGGAGGCGGAUAACAGCAUGGUCGGCUAUUCAAAUGAUCGACUGGCCAAGUCGUUGAAGAUGCUGGAUGACCGGGUGAAGGAGAACAAGUGGCUUGCCGGGGAGGAGUUUACGGCGGCGGAUGUGAUGAUGGUGUUUCCGGUGACGACGGGGAGAUAUUUCGUGCAGUUUAGCUUGAAGGAGUAUCCCAAUAUCGUGGCUUAUCUCGGUCGUGUUAGUCAGAGGCCUGCGUAUAGGAAGGCGAUGGAGAAGGGGGAUCCCCAGAUGGAGCUGGCUUUGGGUGUUGAGAGUCCGGAGAAGCCAAUUGUUUAGAUUAGUCUAAAGCAUUAGUCAAUAGAGUCAAUACUAGGAUAGAUUUAUCUAGAUCUUAGUCUAGUACCAGUUCCUAACUACAUUUCCAAUCUCUCUCUGCG